CUGACACUAGAGGGAGCCCUCUGGAGCUACAGUAGUCACAUGCAUCUGUCAGCUGUCAUAAUCACUGCAGUCCAGUUGAGAAGUAACAACAGUGCUACAAAUGUGUCUCUACAGGAACAUAGUGUGGUUUAUCAAGGGAAUGAGGGAGUAUACAAGGUCUGGAUUUGAGAAUGCCUCUAAGAGCUUUGUAGCAAAGGACCUGGAUGUGUCCUUGGUGGGCCGUUCCUUCAUGAUCACCGGAGCCAACAGUGGAAUAGGGAAGGCGACAGCCAUGGCCAUAGCCAAAAAAGGUGGCACUGUUCAUAUUGUCUGCCGAAACAAAGAGCGAGCCGAGAGAGCCAGAGAAGAAAUCAUCUCAGCGAGUGGAAAUAAUGAGGUUUACAUCCACGUGUUGGACCUCUCCGAGACAAGAAAGGUGUGGGAGUUCGCAGAGGCCUUUAAGAAGGAGCACUCAUCGCUCAAUGUUUUGAUCAAUAAUGCCGGAUGUAUGGUGAACCAGAGGGAAAUGAACUCUGACGGACUGGAGAAAAAUUUUGCGACCAAUACUCUUGGUGUUUAUGUUCUGACUAAAUGUCUGAUCCCAUUGCUGGAGAAGAGCAGGGACCCCCGAGUUAUCACGGUUUCAUCGGGAGGGAUGCUGGUACAGAAACUAAACACGGACGACCUGCAGACAGAGAGAGCUCCGUUUGAUGGUACCAUGGUAUACGCACAAAACAAGAGGCAGCAGGUAGUGAUGACAGAGGUCUGGGCGAAAGCAAAUCCCAAAAUUCAUUUCUCGGUGAUGCACCCUGGGUGGGCCGACACACCAGCGGUUGCCAAGGCGAUGCCUCAAUUCCAUCAGAUGAUGCGUAAUCGUCUGCGUUCAGCAGAUCAGGGAGCCGAUACGGUCGUCUGGCUCGCCGUGUCACGCGCCACCACUGCGUUUCCCAGCGGCCUUUUCUUCCAAGAUCGACAGCCGGUUUCAGCCCACUUGCCCCUGGCAUGGACACACAGCUCUCGACGGGAAGUCAAAGUGUUCAUGGGCCGGUUGGAGACUUUGGCGAUGGCUGUCAAACCCUCAGAGUGAGAUAUUUAGGUAUUACCUGUCAGAUAACUGAGAGCUUUUACAGUAUGUAGUACUAAAAUAACACUCAUGUUAUAUGUAAUAAAGAUGAUAACAACUACUGUAAUUGCAAAAUAAUCAUACAGAAACUAAAGGUAGUCUUAAACAACAUGAAACAUGAUGUAUUUCUGAGUGAAAUAGGAUAUUU